UGUCUUCCAAAUGCACCAAUGAAAUCGAUGCAUUAUACUCCUCUAAAAUUCCCGGUACCUCCCCCUACCUCCUCCCUUCUCUUCCGGAUUUUCUAGCGUGACCGACGUUUCGUGUCUGUUUAGACUUAAAAAAUGCGUUACGUGGCCGCUUACCUCCUGGCUGUGCUCGGUGGAAACACCAGCCCCUCUGCAAAAGACAUCAAGGCCAUCUUGGGCAGCGUAGGAAUUGAGGCCGAUGACGAACGCUUAAAUAAGGUCAUUAGUGAGCUGAAUGGGAAAGACAUCAAUGCCGUCAUGAACUCAGGCCUCUCUAAGUUAGCCUCCGUACCAGCAGGUGGUGCUGUAGCGGCCCCUGCCGCUGCUGCUGGGGCCACUGGAGCCGGGGCUGCGCCUGCUGCUGCGGAAGAGAAAAAGGAAGAGAAGAAAGAGGAAUCAGAAGAGUCAGAUGAAGAUAUGGGCUUUGGACUCUUUGAUUAAUCUGCAUUCUCUGUGUUUAAAAAGCAAUAAAAAUGUAAAAGGUUUACACUCA